AUGAGCGAAUAUUGGGUCUCGCACAAGAAGUAUUUCUGCAAAUACUGCAAUAUCUACAUCGCGGAUGAUGCACCCUCGCGAAGGCAGCAUGAAAGCGGCUUGCGACACAAGGGGAAUGUCGAACGCUUCGUGAGGGGACUGUACAAGGAAGGAGAGAAGAGGAAGCAGGAUCAGGAUGAGGAGAAGCGAGAGAUGGCUCGAGUCGAGCAGGCUGCGAAAGCUGCGUUCGCACUGGACGUAUCCACAGGUCUGGUCAAGCCAGGAAGCAGCAGUACAUCUGUGGCUUCUACAUCAGCGGCAGCCAGAAAGCCCGCGCCGAAACCAGGCAAUCCAUACGCCGACUACUCUACUGCAGAGUCGCUUGGAUAUACAGACCCAGAUGCGGAGAGGUUAAAGGCUGAAGCGGAGCUACACAGGAUUCAGGGCGUUGCGGGCGAGUGGGAGAUUGUGACUGUAGCCGAGUCGGCUGCUCCUACAGAGCAGGAGUCUACACCUUCUGUCAAGGCAGAAGAGGGUUAUGGGAAGCGAGAGGCGGAGCAGCCUCCUGAUAAUGAAGAUGCGAGACACUUCAAGCUGCGUAGACGGACUGUCGGGGUCGGCUUGGGAGAAGUUUACGACCCUGGGUUGAUACCUACCAAGGUGAAGAAGCAAGAAGAGCCAGAAGGGUCAUUACCGCCAGCCGCGUUUCCAGAUUCUUCCCAAGGACAAUCAGCAGUCGCCAGUGGAUCAUCAGCGACUCCCCUGCCGAAAUGGUCUGCGAAGGGAUGGACCCGUCCCGGUGAGAAAAAGACGCGGUCGGAGUCGCGCGAAGCGUCACAAGGACAGCAGACAUCACCAGAGGCGAAGGAAGAAAGCGACGGAGCAUCUGUCAAACAGGAAGAGCCUCCUGCACCAGAGGUCGUUGAGCCGGCAUCGGUGAAGCAGGAACCUUCCGCCCUUGACGAGACUGAGAGCACGUCUGUAAAGGUCGAAGAGAGCGUUGCCGCGCCGAUGGCACCCUCGGGAGGAGGCAUGUUCCGCAAACGCAAGUUACCGGCAGGAGGGGCUGGUAGCAGAGGCAGACGUGCUUAA